GUUCCGAUUUAUUGGCAGUGCAAGUUGGACAGUAUCUGAGUAAUAAAUUAUAUACCUACUAUAAUAUAAUAAAGGACGGUGUUUGUGAAGUGAUCAAAGAGUUACAAUUAUGGAUUUUAUCCCGAAGGACAGGUUUUUGGAACUAUAUCCUGACACAUUGUAUCAGGUUCGUAAAGAAAUAAAUAUGGAGAAGCCAGGUGAAAUGAAAAGAGCGGUAAAUCUAUUGAAGGAAUGGCUGCUGAAACAACCGCAUUUGAUAAAGAAAGAUUUUCCGGAUUUCUAUCUAGAAACAUCGAUAGUAGGAACAAAGGGAUCAGUGGAACGCGCCAAGAAACAAUUCGACAAAGUCUGCACCAUGAGGACGUUGAUGCCACAGUUCUUCGACACGUACGAUGUUAAAAAGGACUUGGCACCGUAUUUGGAGAAUUCUAUAUACUUAACAAUGUUGCCGAAAUUAACAAAAGAACACUACAGGGUAUUCGCUACCAAAAUCAUUGAUGUAUUUGGUGAUUCAGCUACCUACACAAAAUAUUUUAAGUUCUGUAUACAAAUGGCCGAAUAUGCGAAAAAUCACGAUUACGUCGGUAGUUUUCGAAUGGUUGCUGACCUAUCAGAGUGUAAUCUGUUAGAUUACAUAUCGAAAAUAAAUCUAUUGGAGAUACGGCAAGUGAUGGCCCUGUUCAUGGACGGGUACGGAAUGAAAAUAAAGGGUAUCCAUUUUAUAUCACAAUCCAGAGCAAUAGACGCUCUCUUAACAAUAUUCAAGCAAGUAUUGAAACCAAAGAUAGCCGGUAGAAUGCAUGUACAUAAGACUUGCGAUGAGUUACAUGAUAUUAUUGGCAAAGAUGUUCUACCUGUGGACUUUGGCGGCCAUGAGCGGUCUAUGAAGGAACUUUUUGAGGAAUGGGUAGAAAUAUUAUCGACAGAAGAACACAAGGAAUAUAUAAAACACAUAAACAGCGCUGGUACGGACGAGUCGCUUCGAACGGAAAACAAAUUCAACGAAGAAUAUGCGGGGAUGCCGGGCACAUUCCGAUUGCUGACUGUUGACUGAUAUUUUAUCGUAUUUUGUAUAUUGGUUAUAGAUUUAAGGUCCCAUUGAAAUAAUAGAUAGAUGACUUCAUUAAUAAUGCUGUUAAAUUUUUAACGUUCCGUGUGUUAUAAAUGAUUUAAAAUACCUUAUUUCGAUUAUCCUUUAUAUUCGAAAUCACUAGAUGGUCGAUCGUUCGAUCAUCCUAUCCUACUUGUAUUGUUAUAUUUUUUUAUUAAAAAUUAGAUUUAUCGUCAAUCAUAUAGAAAGUCAAGCAAAUUUUUAACUACAAAAUUGUGUAAUGUGUAGCUCUCUUAAAAUGCAGACUAAAUGGCUGUGUUAUAAAAUAUAAUAAUUAAUAAUGUAAAUAUUUCAUUUUGUAACGCCUUUGUAAAUUCGACAAUACGAUACGCACGUUUACAAAACAUACUUAUUAUUAUACAAAAUCUCAGUAAAGAGGCUAUAAAUGAACAUUUUUAAGUUU